AUGCCAUACAACAAUCUAAAUAAUAAUAAUGAUGCAACAACAAAAGACUUUAAUUCAGCCAAUCAACAGUCAUCACCUUCUAUUUACAGUAAUAACAACAACAAUAAUAAUUUAGUUACAGACAGUUUACAAACUCGUUCAUCUCCUCUUUGGUCCACAGCUAUGUGUCCACCACCAUUUGAUAUGCAUUCAGCUGCCGCUGCUCUCUCUGUUGUUGAUCCUUACACAAGAUAUGGUUCACCUUCCACACCAUCAAUAGUUUCUCAAGAUGAAUUGUAUCAUCCGUGGAAUGCGAAAACAUUUUUAGCCGCUGCACAAGCGAUACAACAGCCACAACCAGAUCUAACAUCUUCAAAAUCACCGAAUUCUACAUCGCCAUUAAAUUCAAGUUUUAAUCAAACGUUACAGUUAACCGGUUAUGAUAUGAAAAAUGGAAUGAAUUACAAUGGACUUGCACACCCUUACUGUUAUUUUGAUUCUGAUGUUCGUGAGUGUGUUAAUUGUGGUGCUGCGUCAACACCACUAUGGCGAAAAGAUGGUAGUGGUUUCAAUCUUUGUAAUGCAUGCGGUAUCUAUAGCCGAUCUCAUAAAAUUCGCUAUAAUGGCUUUAUCGAUCGAACAAUGAGAAAAGUGAGUGGAAUGCAUCGUGCUGGUAAUGAAUGUGCAAAUUGUCACACAUCCGAUACUACGUUGUGGCGUCGAAAUGCAAAUGGUGAAUCGGUGUGUAACGCAUGUGGACUGUAUUUUAAACUACAUGGUGUGAAUCGUCCAAUGACAAUGCGUAAAGAGGGUAUUCAGACGAGAAAAAGAAAAUCAAAGAAGGACAAAUCGCCAAAAAAAGAUUUUGAUGAUCAACCAAAAACAAAACGUUUGGGCACAUCAGACGAUGAUGAUCAAAAAUCGUCAGCAUCACGAAAUAAUUCGCCGCCCACAACAAAUUUAUGUACAAUUGAUUCGGCUACAAUUGCCUCGUCUCCAUCAUCGUCUUACUUAAGCGUUCAUCCAUCCUCCUAUGAUUUAUCACCAUACACCAAUAGUUUCUCAUCCGAUAAUCAAUUUCAUCAUUCUCAUCAUUCAAUACAACAUCAUCAUCCCAUUCAUUCACUAAACUCGUAUAAUCAAUCCUUAUUAUUUUCAAAACUAAAACAUGAACCUGAACACCAUCAUCAAUGGACAACAUAUCCAAACGGUAGCGGCCAAUAUGUUUAA